UGGAAGGAUACUGUGAAGGAAGUUUGGUCUACUCUUGCGCAGUUGCGAGUGGCGCCGGGCGGAAUGGUGCAAAGGGUUUGAGGAGGUUGUGGUUUUGGGGACCUCGGCCCGCGUUGUUAUAGAUCUGAGGUGACUGUAAUGGUUUGAUAUAAACUUAAGUAUCAGAAAAUUUGAGCGGUUGCAGCCAGCAAAGAAACAUGGAUCAAAACAACAGCUUGCCUCCUUUCCAGGGGUUGGCAUCGCCCCAGGGUGCAAUGACUCCUGGAAUACCUAUCUUCAGCCCUAUGAUGCCCUAUGGAACUGGUCUGACUCCCCAACCUGUACAGACCACAAACAGUUUAUCAAUACUAGAAGAGCAACAAAGACAACAGCAGCAGGCUCAGCAAUCGACGUCACAGCAAGGCACUCAAGGGUCUGGACAAACCCCACAAUUAUUUCACUCUCAGACAAUGACAACCGCUCCUCUUCCAGGCAAUACUCCUCUAUACCCCUCCCCAAUGACUCCUAUGACUCCCAUCACACCUGCAACGCCUGCUUCAGAAAGCUCCGGAAUUGUACCUCAGCUACAGAACAUAGUGUCUACAGUGAAUCUUGGAUGCAAACUGGACCUGAAAACAAUUGCACUUAGAGCUCGAAAUGCUGAGUAUAAUCCAAAGCGUUUUGCAGCCGUUAUCAUGAGAAUAAGAGAACCCAGAACAACAGCACUCAUAUUCAGUUCGGGUAAAAUGGUUUGCACAGGAGCUAAAAGUGAAGAACAGUCACGGUUGGCAGCAAGAAAAUAUGCAAGAGUUGUGCAGAAAUUGGGGUUCCCAGCCAAAUUUCUUGAUUUUAAGAUUCAGAAUAUGGUUGGCAGCUGUGAUGUAAAAUUUCCAAUCAGAUUGGAGGGUUUGGUGCUAACGCAUCAGCAGUUCAGCAGCUACGAGCCAGAAUUAUUUCCGGGUCUCAUUUACAGAAUGAUCAAGCCAAGAAUUGUCCUCCUUAUAUUCGUUUCAGGAAAGGUUGUUUUAACAGGGGCUAAGGUUCGUGGAGAGAUCUAUGAAGCUUUUGAAAACAUAUAUCCUAUCCUAAAAGGCUUCAGGAAGAUGACGUAACGGCUGCUUAUUUUUCUGUAUAUGGUUUUUUAUAUAAUAUAGCAAAAUGUUUUUACCUGGCAUGAUACAGCGAAUAUGACUUGGACUCAUGUUACAAAUAGUGUUUACCAGUUUAUUGUUGGUCCUGUCAGUUAUCUUAAUUCUCAAACCUUUUUUUAUUGUAAAUUUUAAUGAAUAGCUAGUUCAUCAGGAAAUAUUUUGAAAUCUGUUAUGACUUUUAAUACUAUUAAAUCUUAUCUCGCUCAUUCCUUUUAAAAUCCGGUUUUAACAGCAUUUAUAGUAUUCUAAAAGGAACGAUGACAUGCUGAGCUAUUUCCGGCACAGAAAAUGUUUUACAUUGUGUUUCUCUGUACUCCACGUUACCCAAGUAAAGCAGGAUCCAAAUGUAAUACUCCCGUUAUAAGAAGGAAAUGCAUACCAUGUUAUUAUGCUUCAUUAAUGGGUAUGUUGGUUACUGUAACAUAUGCCCUGUAAUUAAAGUGAUGCAUAAACUUGUGUGGCUAUUAUGUGCCAAGAAAAGUUCUACCUUUUGUAAAUACUUUUUAUCAGACUAAUUCUGGUGUUGAAUCUUAAGUUAUGCAUUUAAAUAAAAAUGCUGUUUUUUUAA